AGGACUAUAACCACUUUAUCUUGUUUUAUAUUAUUUUUGCUGAUUUAAUUAAUCGACUCUGUUAAGAUAAGCUGGAAUAUCUGAUGUGAAACUGCUGCAGCAUUUUCUCCGGGGUGUGUGGGCUCUGACUAGACAGCUCAAAUAACUCUCUUUCUCUGCACUUUCCAGGCAGCAAGGGCACAUCGCUCCCAUUCCAGGAAUCCAUAAAAGGAUCUUCCACCGUUCAGUUGUCUGGCCAAAGACAAUAUAUGAUCUCUUCUUCGAGCAACCACUCUUCUUCUUGGUCUAUUGACAUUUGAGGUUCAAACUCAUCAGGGAGAUUUGGAGAUGGCAGAGUUGAUGUCCCCGCAGAUCCUUCUGCUUCUGCUCAUGUGUUCGUUGCAGUUGGAGUUCCCAGCAGUUGAAGCUGCAGGUUUCCCAAAUACAACUCUAGCAAGGCACAACUGUACGCCCACCUGUGGCACCGUCACCAUCCCGUUUCCCUUCGGCAUUGGACCUGGUUGCUUCCUCGACGACUGGUAUGAGAUCUCAUGCGAAGUCAACAACACAGUCCCUCGGCUGAAGAAGCUGGACCUGCAGGUUCUCAACAUCUCCCUCAACGAGCAAAAAUUUUUUAACACCGAUAGUGUCAUCACGGUCGAUUACCCGAUAAUCCAUUCAAAGUCAAGUUGCAAGCGGAAUGAUACUCGUGAUCCCGUGUCCCUCCAAGGGAGCCCGUUUACCUUCUCCUCCAGCAGCAACAAGUUCCUUGCAGUGGGAUGCAACAGUGUUGCCAUAAUGGAGACAGAUGCCAACUCUUCAUUUGUAGGCUGCAAGACUCAUUGCGCUGGAGCUAAUUAUACCGGCAUGGUCAGUGCUUGUGAUGGCUUUGGCUGCUGUCAAUCGAUGAUCCCAAGCGACCUCCAAGGAUUUCACGUCGAUCUCCGACCUGAGAAUAGUACUAUUCUAGCAAGUAGUGGAGAUCAAGACUGCCAGUACGGAUUUCUCGCUUCUAAUGAUUGGUUCCAGCCCAACAAGACGGAUGUAUACGCCUUGCGAGAUGGAGAUUAUGGUCCAGUGGUUCUGAACUGGGGAAUACUGGAUUCCAGCCUCCCCAAGUCUCUUGGACUUCAGCUCGACUGGACAGUGCUUUCUGGUGAUGAGCCUGCAGAAUGUCGAACAACAAGCUAUGUCAAUAAGAGCACAGCCCCUCUUAUUAGGUGUUCCUGCAAUGAUGGGUUUAUUGGUAACCCUUACCUUCGCGAUGGAUGCCUAGAUGUCAACGAGUGUGAACUUCCAGAAUGGCAACUCCCAGACUGGCAAACGAGCUGUUAUCCACAAAAGUGUGUGAAUAUCCCAGGAAACUACGAAUGCUCGAAUGGUAAAAGAACUGUGACGUCCCUUAUAAUAGGCCUUUCGUCUAGCUCUGGAUCGCUCGUCUUGAUCUUCCUAGCAUGGUGGAUGUACAAACUGAUUAAGAAGAGAAGAGAGGCCAAGCUCAAGGAGAAGUUCUUCAAACGGAAUGGAGGCAUGAUAUUGCAACAACAACUAACGUCACCUGAUGGGAACGUCGAGAAAAGCAAAUUGUUCAAUUCCAAGGAGUUAGAGAAAGCCACCGACUACUUCAACAAGGACAGGAUUUUGGGGAAAGGUGGCCAAGGUACUGUUUAUAAGGGGAUGUUAACGGAUGGGAGGAUUGUUGCAGUUAAGAAGUCUAUAUCAAUUGAUGAAAAAAAUAUAGAACCUUUCAUCAAUGAAGUAGUCAUUCUCUCACAAAUCAAUCACAGAAAUAUCGUCAAGCUCUUGGGGUGCUGCUUGGAGAGUGAAUUUCCACUUCUAGUGUAUGAGUUCAUUCCAAAUGGGACUCUUUACGAGUACCUCCACGACCCAGAGUUUCCUGUUUCGUGGGAGGCACGCCUACGAAUCGCCACUGAAGUUGCAAGUGGACUCUUUUACUUGCACUCAUCCGCUUCCAUUCCGAUUUACCACCGUGACAUCAAGUCUUCAAAUAUAUUGCUAGAUGAGAAGCAUCGAGCAAAGAUAGCCGACUUUGGAACUUCAAGAUCAGGUUCCUUGGAUCAGACUCACGUGACCACAGUGGUGCAGGGCACCUUUGGGUACUUGGAUCCGGAAUACUUCCGGUCGGGCCAAUUUACGGAAAAAAGUGAUGUGUACAGUUUUGGGAUCGUCCUUGUUGAGCUCCUAACUGGGCAAAAGCCAACCGCUUCACUUCUAGGAGAGAACUGUAUAGGUUUGGCAUCCUCUUUCGUUACUGCAAUGGAGGAGGAUCGCUUGUUUGAGAUACUCGAUCCUCCAGUUCGAAGGGAAGGUGGUGAAGCAGAGAUCAUAGUGGUGGCUAACCUGGCAAAACGAUGCUUAAACCUGAAAGGCAGGAAACGGCCCUCGAUGAAAGAUAUAGUUAUUGAGUUGGAGGCGAUAAGAAACCGGUCACAACCAGUUUCUAGCCUCGCACAACACCAGGAAAAGGCCAAUCAUGCCAACCCCGACGAACUCGAAGGUGAUGAUGCUCUUUCGAUCUCCAGAGGAUCUGAGGCGGAUGUGGGCUCUGUUCAGUUAUCCGAUGGUCACCCAUUCUUAUCUAGUGACACAUGGUGAUAAAGUUCAAAGUUACUUUGAGUCUGUAAUCCUUGGUUGUAUUUGCACCGUGGGAUGGUUCUGUUGUCUACCACUAUUAUCCUCCAUGCGAUGUAUACUGCAUUUGUUUAUCUAAUUUUCCCAUAUCACUCUCA